AUGGCUUCAUAUACUGAUUUUCAAACAAGGGAUGAUAGAGAAACUUUAUCAAGAUUAGAUGAACUUGUAGUCCCUAGAUCACCGUUAUCACCACCUAUCGAAAAUCAUUUAUACCACAAUUCUUCGUCGUAUUCUAGAUUUCCCAUCACCCCUCCACCAGAUUAUAACGGAAAAUAUGAUGAAAUUAAUUUGAAUGAAGAUGACGUGGAUAUGGAUGAAAGUGGCGAUGAGAUAUCCGCUUUGCCCCAAUUCUCUCGGUUCACUCAUGUAGAUCAUGGUGAUCCCUUGGUUAAUUCAUUAGCGUCUCCAUUAAGUGCUCUUGAUAUAAGUGACGAAGAUGAUAGGGACUUCUUACAUGAUUUUAAUAAUCGUGAUAGAAAAGUACAAGAAAUAAUAACUCUCAACAAAAACCAUUUUGAAAAGGUUAAGCAAUCAUUUUGUGGUUCGGAAGAGGAGUGGCAAAGGUUCUUAAGGGUUCUUUACGCCAAAUCUGAAAUUGUACCUGAUAAAGAAUGGUUCGCCACCAUUGGUGAAUUCAUUGUUCCGACAAAUCCUCUACUUUCGAUAUUUGAAGAUUUGAUAUGUAAUAAUAAUCAUCAAACUGAACCCAACGAGAGCAUUAAUCAUUACCAUGAAACUGCGCCAGAUCAAACAUCGGAAAUCGAUGACGAUUAUGGAUAUCCCCCCUCAAUCAACUCAACAGCCACGGGUAAUAGUAGGAGACAAUCAAGAGAUGAUGACAUCAUUAAAUUUCAGGAGGUGGACAUAAAAGAGAUACGUAAUUAUCCCGAGAAAUUGGCAAAUUUUGAAAAUUUAUAUCCAGAGUUCUUUACAGAUGCGAAGGUCUACUUGAGACAAGAAUGUCGAGUGAGAUUAGGGCAUUAUUCACAAGAAAAGGUUGGUAAGGCUAAUAAUUGUGAAUUUAUCACCGAUGAUUUGAUCGAUUCAGAUUGCGAAGAGUGUUACCAAGAACGAGAAUACAGCGAAGAUUUUGUUGAUGAAUUAAGGGCGAAUGUUGAAGAACACGAACAGACUUGUGAAGAUUCUAAAUUAUAUAGUCAUUUCGUUCAAAUAUUACUCACUCCAAGGCGUAUGAUGCCCGAUGAUUUAUGGGAAGAAUCAAUUGAUGAAUGUCUAAAUAAUUGGCCACAUUUAAUGUCUCAUCUUAAAGAAAUUAUCGCGUAUGAAUUAUCUACAAAAGAAGAUUUAAAUAAUAAUGGAUAUUUCUGUAAUUGGACUAAUUCACAAGAAAUUACCAUCUAA